AUGGCUUCCUGCAGUCGUUCAGUUCGGUCUUUUCCUCGUUUGACUUAUGAUGAAGAAAUGGAAAGACUUCGGAAGUUAUUAGAAGAGGUUUCCUCAGAUGAAGAAACCAUUGAAGAAGAAAUAGAGGAUUCAGAUAAUGAAGACGUUUUCAGCGAGCACCAGUCUGAAUCAGAGGAAGAAUGCAGAUCUUCAGAUGAUGAAGUUUGUGAACAAACUAGCUUUUUUGUCGGAAAUGAUAAAACUACAAAGUGGCAGAAAGAACCUUUCAGAAAUCAGAAACGCAUACCUGUACAAAAUAUAAUCAAAAAACUGCCUGGAAAUACGCAAUUUUCUAAACAAGUUACUUCGCCAAUCGAUGCUUGGAGACUGAUAUUUGAUGAUUCAAUAAUAGAAAUGAUUGUGAAAUGCACUAAUACUUAUGUAGAAAGUAUUUCUGGACUAUUAUAUAUAGCUGGAUUGCACAAAUCUUCUCAUGUGAAUGUUAGAGACUUAUGGGCGACAGAUGGCACAGGAUUAGAUAUUUUCCGUAAAACUAUGAACUAUAAGCGAUUUCUUUUUAUACUUCGUGUCUUGCGAUUUGAUGAUAUCAAAACUCGGAAUAGCAGACGAAAGAUUGAUAAAUUAGCUCCAGUAAGAAACUUGUUUGAACAUUUUAUCAGGAACUGUCAGAAGUCAUAUCAUGUACGUGAAUACGUAACAUUAGAUGAAAAACUAGAGUCUUUUCGAGGCAGAUGCUCCUUUCGACAGUAUAUGCCAAAGAAACCAGCAAGAUAUGGUUUGAAGAUAUUUGCUUUGGUCGAUUCUAGGACAUUUUACACGUACAACAUGGAAAUAUAUGCAGGUCAGCAGCCAGAUGGCCCUUACAAGACAGAUAACAGUUUCUGCGAAAUAGCUAAACGCUUGCUAGCUCCAUUAUACAAUUCUGGAAGAAAUGUCACAACAGAUAAUUGGUAUACCAGUUAUGAAUUAGCCGAAUUUUUACAAAAACAAAAAAUUUCUAUUGUUGGAACAAUACGUAAGAAUAGAAAAGUUAUCCCGCCUGAAUUCGCCUCCCAUAAAAAUAGAGAACAUACAACUCUCUUCGGGUUUCAAAAGAAUAUAAUGAUUCUUUCUUACAUGACGAAAAAGAACAAUUGUGUAAAUCUUCUGUCAACCAUGCAUAAUGAUAAUCGCAUUGACGAAAGUACAGGAGAUUUAAAAAAACCGGAGGUAAUAACAUUCUAUAACAUGACGAAAGGAGCAGUAGAUGUUGUCGAUGAAAUGGGAUGA